AUGAACCUUAGACCCAUCCGGAGAAAACUCGUGGAGGUGAAGAAGGGUAGACAAGAGGACGUGGAGGUACCGAGACCCAGGAGGAGACGAGGGGAGGAGGGGUGGACCAUCUUCGUGGGGGUGGGUGUGGGUGGAUGUGACUUGACGUCUAGUCAGAGUUUACCGGGGAAGAACCGUUCAAGAAAGCUUGUGGAAUUGUCUCUCUCCACCUCUUCCACUCCAGCUUCCUCCACACCCAUUCCAGCUCCUGCAGAUUCCUCCUCUCCUCCAUCUUUUGCUUCAGCUGCUGCAGUAGUGGCUCCUCAGAAUCAGCACUUGCUCUUUCCCUGCUUCACCCCCUCAAAUCCACCUACUAAUUGCUGCACACAACCAUAUAAGAUUCACAGGAACUUACAUGGACUCAGGAAGGAUAUAAAUGAGUACCCUUUCUUCACAGGAGGAAUCGGUUCCAUUGGUGAGCCAAAUCCAAACUCUGCUUACCUGCAGAGCAGUGACUGUACCUUCACCACCAAUCCUUCUUCUAAGGAGAGGGGCCAAUUUUACUUUUUCCUGGGUUCUGAUGCAAAAUCAGAGGUGCCCAUGAAGAUAGAGAGUGAGGAGUGUUCCCAUAAACCCAGAAAUUUUCACCUUUUUAUUCAGUGAGGUGGUAUAAUAAUAAUAAUAAUAAUAAUAAUAAUAAUAGUAGUAGUAGUAGUAGUAAUACUAGUAAGUAAA